AUGGACCAAGUUGACGGUGCGGUGGUGUCGGCAUCCGACUAUGCAUACGCUCGACAGCUCGUGCAGGCGUACUUUGCCAUGCUAACUGUAGGUUGCCACCGUAAUAAUUGCAUGAACAUGUACUGCUGCUCCAAUCAGACACAAGCUCUCACAGCGACAGAGGCGGCAAUCAUGAGCAUUUAUUUCGCCACAAAAGCUCCAGUGUCGCUGUGCAUUGACAUUAAGUCGCUGCAACAAGAGGAGACCUUGUCGACGCCAGAAAUGUCAGAGCUUCCACGACAUGAAAAGAUCAAGAUGACAUCGACUCCAGAACCGCAAGAAGUAGAAGAAAACCAAACUGAGGAGAAUGCCCAGUCUUCCAUUGAAGAACACGUGAGCAAAGAAGAAGUUAACCCAGAGACGCCCGAUGAAGUACCGAAGCUCCAGCAGCCCGAAAUUAAGCCCGUUCUUACGACCUCAAGUCCUCCUAAAUCGACCCCACGGCGCCGUCUUUCAGUUGCGGUGCAACUGGACAAUGGGCUCAACAAGAAUCGCGAACUCCCAGUCAAAAGACCCACCGUGAUCACCCGCGUCGCUGUCCAGCCCAAGCAAAAGUCCGACAUCCAUGUCACCCCUAGCAUUUCUGUAACCAAAGUUACGGACACUCUUGAACAAGAACAGCAGCAAGAACAAGUAGCACCCAAGGGCGCGCGACAACUGCUGAGUCGACCGAAGCAAAAGUUAUUCGAUGCCAUCAAGCGAAGCUUCUCACGCUCCAAGAAGACCCCACUCGGGUCCACAUAGUGACCAAACUAACACCUCAACUGCCUGUCUUUGGAU